AGCCGGCGCCCGCCUCAGCGGCAGGAUAGGCGGCCGCACGGCGACUGCGCGGGGAGCUCGAGCUUUGUAGCCGGCUGCAGCCACAGAAGUAGGAGAUCAAGAUGAAUGCAGAGCCUGAGAAGAAGUUCGGCGUGGUGGUGGUUGGCGUUGGCAGAGCCGGCUCCGUGCGGAUCCGGGACUUGCGGAGUCCACAUGCUUCCUCGGCUUUCCUGAACCUGAUUGGCUUCGUGUCCAGACGAGAGCUUGGGAACAUUGAGGAAGUCCAGCAGAUUUCUUUGGAAGAUGCCCUUUCCAGUCAAGAGGUUGAAGUUGCUUAUAUCUGCAGUGAAAGCUCCAGCCAUGAGGACUAUAUCAGGCAAUUCCUUAAUGCUGGCAAGCAUGUCCUUGUGGAAUAUCCCAUGACACUGUCUUGGGCAGCAGCUCAGGACCUGUGGAAGCUGGCUGAGCAGAAAGGGAAGGUCUUGCAUGAGGAGCAUGUUGAACUCUUGAUGGAGGAGUUUGCAUUCCUGAAGAAAGAAGUGGUGGGGAAAGAACUGCUGAAAGGGUCUCUUCUCUUCACAGGUCAGUUUGAGGUGGGAUCACGGGUCAUGUGGAACUGGGGAGGCUGUCCGCUCACAUGGAUUGAAGAGAAAGGGCCCGGUCUAAAACGGAACCGACAUUUAAGCUUCCAUUUUAAAUCUGGGUCUCUGGAGAAUAUGCCAAAUGUCGGAGUCAAUAAGAAUAUUUUUCUGAAAGAUCAAAAUAUAUUUGUCCAGAAACUCCUGGGCCAGUUCUCUGAAAAGGAACUAGCUGCUGAACAGAAGCGCAUCCUGCAUUGCUUGUGGCUCGCAGAAGAAAUCCAGAAGUACUGCUCCUCAAAGAAGUAA